AUGGCGACUGUGGUCGGGAAGGAGGACAAGCAGGAAGCGAUGAAUCAAUGGUCCAUGUGGACGAGGGCUCUCAGCAACAACAACUUCACGGGAUCUAUUCCCAAUUCCAUUUCCUCUCUGACUGCACUCGAGUCAAUCAUCCUGAACAACAACCAGCUGUCGGGCUCCAUACCAGCUUCCAUCUUCAACAUGACCAAUCUCAAGCUCAUCUUCUUGGCCAAAAACCAUCUGAGCGGCAGCCUGCCUGCUGACAUCAGCCGACUGAAUAAUCUGGAGCAGCUCUGGCUGGACAACAACAGCAUCGAGGGUCCGCUGCCAUCUGCCAUCUGCUCGAUACCCUGGCUGCGGCGCAUAGUGCUCUGCUGUAUGCUGUAUGUUUGUGUUGUGGUGGCAGCAUGUGAUGUGAGUGGCAACAGCCUGUACGGGCGCAUCAACCGCAACUUCAGGAACAUGGUGGCGGACGGCCAUACCCUCAUCAACUUGGCCCACAACUUCUUCUUCGGCGAUGCUGUGCUCUUUGCUGCCGGCUGCCAGAUCUGCCCCGUUGAGAUCAGAGAGCCCAACCACCUGAUGGUGUCUGAAACCAGUUCCGGCCAACAGGCUGGGAAGUGCAUUAGUGGCGUAACUUCCAUGAGAGAUUUCUCAGUUGCCGGGGCAGGCAAGGGUGCGAGGGUGAGCCUGUCAGGGAACUGCCUGACUCUCAGCCCAGACGCGGAUUGCCCCUCCAACGCCACCCAGCGCAGCACGGCAGCCUGCCAGGCGUUCUGCAGCAUCACGGACAACGGCCCGUGUGACGGCCAUGGGGAGUGUGUGCCUCCUGCACCCGCCUCCCCCUCCAACUUCACCUGCCUCUGCCACGCCGGCUACUCUACCCUUGACUUGGGCAACGGCUCUACCUGUGCUGUUGUCAACUCCACCACCACCACUGGGAAGUGGGAGGGGUUGGAUGUGUGUGAGCAGUACACGCUGCAGCAGAUCUUGACGACGACAGACAACUGGGCAGAAGAAAAUGAGCUGGGCAAGGGGGGUUUUGGCAUUGUGUACAAGGGGUGCUCCCCACAGGGGCAGCUGUGGGCUAUAAAGCGCUCUACCAUCAUGACGAAUGAGUUUGAAAUAGAGGUGAAUCUUCAUUUGGAAAUGAAUUUCUAUGAUGUGGAGACGGGCAAGCAGGAGCAGAUCCUGGUGUACGAGUAUGUGGGCAACAGGGACUUGGAACACCACAUUCACAAGUCCAAACCCUACUGUGACUACAACAACAUCAAGCCCGCCAACAUCCUUGUGACGGCCGAUGCCACACGAGUGGCAGGCACUCCGGGCUAUGUGGACCCCGACUACAACCGCACCAGCUUUAUCACUGCUAAGAGUGACGUCUUCAGCUUUGGAAUAGUUCUUCUCGAGUUGCUGACAGGAAAGGCACCCCGAGAUCUUCUUGGUCAGCCUAUCAAAGAUUGGGCGAUGAAGGAGAUGGAGGCAUAUCACUUGGAUGAACUCAAAGACAGCAAGCUAGAAGCAAGUGAGGAGGCCAUAGUGGACUUUGCUGACCUGGCUCUGGACUGCGUUAAGCCACCGGGCACACGACGGCCUGACAUGGGGGAUGUUGCAUACCGUCUCAAAGUGCUCAUUCAGAAGCAUUGCCCAGAAGCGGAGGCCAAUUGGGAGAGCUCGGAGCAGGCAGAUAACACAAGUAUUGGUGAUUCGUUCCCACGCUCGGAAGGUGGUUCUGCUUGCAAUGUUGGUGGAAGAGGGUCACACAUGGGGUCUCAAGUGUCUCAAGGCUCGCUUGGACUGAGCGGGUCCUCCUCGAGCAACUUCGGUUUAGGGGUUACUAGAAUCAAGAGCUGGCUGAAGACCCGGUUUCACGACCUCAGGGAUUAG